AUCUGUUUAAAUUUUCAUUCAGCUUCACUUGUACCUACUCGCUUCGUUUACGUCGUGUUAUUGAAAAUUUUAGAGAUGUUUUUGGAUUGGACAGAUCAACAUUUUUUCAAAAAAGACAUUACUUUAGAAAAUGUGAUGUGAAUUGCUGUGUAUAGUUUAGUGUUGUAAAUAGUAUUGUUAUUUAUGUGUUGUGAUUGAUAUAACGAAUCAGUGGUACGCCAAGAUGGACGAAAUGUCUAAGGGCAUGUCACAAACAGGAAGCACCCCUGCAACUGACAAAAAUGAAGAGAUUGACGAUGGCGUAAAGCGUGGUUUUCGGCACGCAUGCCAACCAUGCUAGCGUUGGUAGAACAACUGCGGUCAUACCUCGGUGGAGGAUGCUCGCCGACGCCGAUGGUGUACGUGAAUGAAUCGUGCUUGGACUGCGAAAGAAUACGGGAGGCCUGCGAGCGACUCGGAACCGUGGCGGUAGUCCGGAGUCCAGACGCUUUGCCCUCGCUCCAGCAGCCUCCAUCUCCCGCAGCUUAUCUUGUGACCGCGCCGUUUGACGGCGAUCUCUUCGACGCUGCACACAAAGCGAAAUAUAGGGUACUGGGUCCAACGGCGGUGCUACAGCUUGCUGAGCGAGAUGAGCCCUCGCCGGCCAACUCGCGGCCGCUAUACUCGCUUGCGAUGCGAGGGGCUGUUAUAUGCUUCUCGGGAUUUCGACAAAAAGAUGAACUUACGUACCUGAUAACGUUGAUACAUUAUAUGGGCGGUUCUAUACGUAAAGACAUGUCUAGUAAAGUGACGCACCUCAUAGCCGCUUCGGCCACUGGUGAUAAGUAUCGCUAUGCGGCCGGGUUCGGGCUGCCGGUGUUGGCGAGGUCGUGGGUCGACGCCUGCUGGGAGAGGCGAGACAACCCCGCCUGCAUCGCCACCGAUGAGGCCUUCAUCAAAGAACACAAGCUGAGGGUGUUCGCGGGUGCUCGCGUUUGUUUCGUCGGCUUCCCUGAGGACGAGACACAGCAUAUGGCGGAGGUGCUCGCGAGUAACGGUGGUACCACCUGCGCCCUCGACCACCCAGACUGUACACACGUUGUAAUGGCCAAUGGGGAGACUUUCGGUCGUUCGCUUGUCCUAUCACCUCACCUGAACACUCCCAAUAAUUCCGCAAAGCCUUCCCGCUCUCCACCGAACCGUUCCCAAACCACUCCAAAGAGCUCACUCUACCGUAGGCUAUCGGCACGACUCUCGGGCCGCCGCGCUAGUACGAACGAACCCAACGAAGAAAAUACUCGAGACUAUAGAGAAAAGAGCUUACAAGAUAUGAGAGACAGUAUUAGAAACAGUAUUAGUGAUAGGAAGGAUAGAUCUCACUCUGAAGAUAUCAGUAUUCAUAACGUAGAGAAAUCAUAUUUAGAUGAUAUGUGUCCCAACAUCCACGAUAAGAGUAGUUGCCACGUUGAACUGCGUAAGCACAAGAGUAGCGAUAAAGAAAAUAAAUAUGUAUCCCAAAUAAUACAAGGCAGUGGAAAAAAUAACAGUAAAGAUAAAAGAGAAGUGUUCAGAAAUAAGUCUAUCAACGUUUUCAACAUGGUAGAUUGUCUCACAGAGACAGGUUCUCUGAGAUCAUCUCUUACCAAGAGUCUUUGUGAUCUGGAUCCUAAAGACGAACCGGGAUUUGCCUUACCAGCUGCGGGCGAUAAGGAACUGCAGCAGUCCAAUACAACAAUAUCCUCUGGUAAAAAAAGAAGUCGAAACUCUACUGAUUCCAAUUUCCAAAUAAGCAUUAUUGACGGCAACAACCUGUCUCCGGACAAAUGUGAAGACUUAAAUUGGAAGUCUAUAAAAAGGUUGAAAAUUAAAGAUUCAUUCAAAUUUAAAACAAGACCCACUAUAUUCAAAAAGACGAAAAAAGAAUCAGUGUCGAAAGCAUCCGGGGAUAUUACUGUAGAGCCCGUAAGUCCAGAGAGCAUGAAGCCAACAGAUCCGGCGGGGGAAUUCGUCGCCUCUACAUCAUCUCCUAUUCGAGAAUACGAUAAUGCUUCUGUGUCUUCACUAAACAUAAGCAAACAAUCUGGAUUUUUCGACAUAUCCUUCGCCUCUAUAAGAAGCUCCAAAACCGUAAAGUCCGCAUCAAAAUUGCGAAGAAGCGUAAAAUCAUUUACAGCUUCCUUCAGAAGCGAAAGAAAAAAGAAAUAUGAAAAAAGAGCUGAGAGGAACACAGUGGAAGUAGAUCCCAGUCACCUGCCGCCCGAGCUCAAAAACGUUUCAACACCAAAGAGAGAUCUCGACGACAUACACUUCGAUAUAUCUCCCGUGCAAGUAGACACAGUGGACAGCACAGACAUGAGAACGCCGGUAACAAACAACCAGGACGUAGACGAGCUGGACGAUUCUAGUGUUUUUAAAACGCCGCAUAGCGUCUGGCUCCGGGCCCACCGGCACUCCCCGUGCGGUGGUCCGGAGACCAGCUCGCGCGGCGGCCCCGUCCCCCGCCCCUCCCCCGCGCCGUCUCCGCGCCGCACCGAGCCUCGCCCCGAGACGACCCCCACUCGAGACGCUCGUGCCUUGUCUCAAUGCCAUGGACUAUCGCUGCCGGUGGUGGACGAGCAUAAUACAGUAUUAGCACCAGAAUGUUCCCCGCGAGUCCACGUCGUCAAGGCGGAGUGGUUCUGGGCGUCGGUACAAAACGAAGAAGCUCAAGAUGAGAGAGAAUAUCUUUUCAAAGACUACUUAGAAGAGGCGUCUGCACGAUGGUCGACGAUCGGUGUCGCGGGGAGUGCGAGUGGUACUAGUGGAUCGUGUACCGCUGCGGCGUCGUCAGGAGAGGAGGCGGGACCGGUAGCGACUGGCACGCCGGCAGCGCUGCAACGUCUCCGUAAGCGCAAACUACGAGGAGGCGAUGCUGCGCUACAUAAACGACGAUCCUCGGUCGGUGAUGCCGUUCUGCUCAGCCUGUCCGGGAAUCUACUGGACUGCACGACCUCUCCUGACGGGAAACAGUUGCUCGAAGAAUCAGAAGUACCCGAUAAUGUGGUGCGAAAAUUAAUGUCACCCCGACAACAAGUCUUUAUGGAAUUGCUUCAGACGGAGUCAAAUUACGUGGGGAUUUUACACACUAUAGUUAACAUGUUUAAACAACCUUUAGAAGAAAUGGCCGAAGAUGACUGUAGUAAUGGGAAAAAUCAGUCGCUGCUCAAUAACACAGAACUUAAAAUUAUUUUUGGAAAUUUACCCCCUAUUUAUGAAUUACACCAACGUAUGUUGGAGGACCUUCGUUCGGCGCAGGCCAACUGGAGUGAGGAGGUGAGCAUCGGUCGCCUCGUCAGGAGGUACACACCCGAUAUGGUAAAGGCCUACCCUCCGUUCGUCAACUUCUUCGAGAACACUAAAGAGAUGCUGCAACAGUGCGAUCGUGAGAACCCAAGAUUUCAUGCAUUCCUGAAAAUCUGUCAGACGAAACCUGAAUGCGGUCGACAGAGUUUGCAGGAACUUUUAAUACGGCCAGUGCAGCGGUUACCGAGCAUAAGUCUACUGUUGGACGAUAUUCUGAAGCACACUCAUAAGAGUAAUCCGGACCACGCGGCGCUGGUGUCAGCGCUGGCGGGGCUGAGGGAGGUCAUGUCGCACAUCAACGAGGACAAGCGGAAGACGGAGGGACAACUACAGAUGUUUGACAUCUACAACGAUAUCGACCAAUGCCCGGCUCACCUCGUGUCGUCUCAUCGUUCGUUCGUGUCUCGGUGUGAGGUCGUUGAACUGUCAAAGGAACUCUCAGGUCGAGGGGACCAUCUUGUGCUCUUCCUCUUCACAGACACGAUGGAAGUUUGCAAAAAACGAUCUAAGGCUUUUAACACUAAAAGUCCUACAAACGGUACGGGCACGAUGCGGAUUGGUUCCAGUAAGCCGUACAGACACAUCUCGCUCAUGCCGCUGAGCACGGUGAAGAGAGUCGUCGAUAUAAGGGAGGCGGAAGAUUGUCACAACGUGUUCGCACUCAUGUGUCGCAGCAACCAGGAGCUGAAGGAGAAGCUGUACUCGUUCAUGAUCACGGACGAGACGGUCGACAAGACGCACUUCCUCCGACAGCUGUGCCGGCAGAUGGCCAACACUGUCUGCAAGGCUGACGCUGAUAAAUUCCUCGCGUGUCUGGAGUCCCAUCAGCUGGACAUCGACACGAGUGAUCUCGCCUUGAGCACACUCUCCAAAGUCUCCAAAUUCGCGGCUCGCACCAGAAUAAAGCUGGAGGCGCUGGCGGGACUGGGCGGCUGGCUGCGCGCCGAACCGGGACCAGCCUUGAUAGACACAUGGGUAUUGCGCGCUCACUUACUCGCACAGGUCGGACGAGCUCUGUCCUUCAACAAGACUCCUUCCAAGCUGAAGAGGGCCAUGUCGUCUAUGAUCCCCCCCCUCGGAUCGACCUCCAACCUGACGCCGGCCUCACAGCUCGCACAGAUGAGACUCGCCAGUUGUAAUAACAUUAAUGAGAUGGGUACGAGUGGGUCGGGCGGCGGGGAGGCGGCUGUGCUAGUGGCGCCGCUGUCCGUGCAGCCCACGCGCAAGGCGACGGGCGCCGCCGCCGCUCUCAGGCGCUUCUGACGGCGGUCGCUCUGACGAACCACGCAGUGACUCGGACAUGUAUAACUCAUAGACUUGUCUCUUCGGCCGAGCCGAUAUGUGAUUUACCUUGUUCUUUUGUAACGGAAGUGCCUUGUGAUUUUAUAGAAACGAAAUCGGGAGAGGACAGCAUCGGAUCGUUGAAGCCUCGAAUGUUUUGGAUCGAAUAUUAUUAUUUAGUUUAGUGAUCGAGGACGCGAUGCGAUCCUUCGAGCUGUGUAACUACAAACCAAAUGAAUGUCAAACACGAAGUCGUAACUCGUACGGCCUCGACUCGUUUCGAUACUUUUAAUAUUUAGUGUUUCGUCUCCACUGUACCGGCGGCGCGUUACGCUCAGCCGGUUUUGGGAUCUGUGUAAUAUCUUGAAUAAUUUAAUCGGAUAUUUAAGAAAAUUUUGUGUCGCAUAGUAAUUAUUGAUAUUAUAAAAUAGUGUCCAGUAAUAUGUACAUAUUGUGAUAUUUUAAUUUAAUCGUUUAAUAGUCGUCGUAGGUUAGUGUAGUGUUGUUGUAUCUAUAACCUACCAUUAUCCGUCUGCUAUUGUUAAUAAGCGCUCCUAAUAUUUCGCUCUGUCGCUUUAAAUGGACCUUUUAAUGAUACGGUGGGUAGCGUUAUAGUUAUAUUUUAUUAACAAUCAAGUUUUAUUUAAUAAUUGCCAGUGUUUUGAAAAACAAAAAUUGCGUAAAUUAUAUAGAUAUUGUAAUUUUUAUAACUAACAUGUAUAAUAGCUGCCAGAUAUUGUAAUAAGACACACCAAAAGAAUCAAAAGGAGUAGAAUGUAAAUAUGAUAUUUAAACGGAACGCUACCUGGCGUAUUAUGUAUUUUAAUAAUAUUUAAUUUGCGACAGAAUGUUGCUUGUUUUACCACAACACGCCCGGGCGACGAGCACCGGGCGGUGUAAACACAUUUUACCAAAAAGCUCAAUAGCUGCGACGCGCACUUUCGUUAAUACAAUGUGUACGCAUGUCAAUGUACAAAGGUCUAUAGGUAUUUAUAAAUGAUUGAAAGAAUAAACGUUUAUUUUCAA